CGGCCAUGGAGCGGGAACCCCGCGCCGGGGUCGCGCUGGUCCCGGGGCCGAGCGGACGCGGGCCUUCCUCCCGCCACCGCCGCCCCGGGCUGCUGCUCCCCGGCCUCUGGCUGCUGCUGCUCGCCCGGCCGGCCUCGUGCACCCCAGAUGACCGCUCCCUGGAACAACAGGACUCUUCCCUACACUCCCUGGAGCUCCUGCUGGAAACCAGCACCGUGCACAGUGCUGCACACGUGGCCUUUCCAGAGACUGCUCCAGGGUCCCAGCCACGCAGCUCUCUCCUAGUCCCAUCCUCUCCAUCUACUACUACUUUUGAUAUGGCCUUUUUAAACCACCAACGACAGCCUCUAAGUACAGCAGGGCACAGCAUCUUAGAGGCGAAUUACAACUCAGUGAUGAGUAACGAGGUGGCCGUUGAUGAUGAUGAGCUGGAUAACUUUUUGCCAGAUGUGCACUGGACCUCUUCACGCACAGUUUCCCCAAUGCAGUACAUCACACUGAGCCCACUAGAACUGCCCCAGGAAAUGCUGGAGCCUGGGCUGACUCCUUCAUUACCCACGAUUUCUUUGCAAGAUGAAGUGAUGUCAGCUUGUCGAAACACAGUGCAGCAGGCAACUGCGCAUGCCGAGUCCUCUGGCUAUUUCAACACUUUUUGGUCAGCUUUUCUCACCUCUGAGGGCAUCAUUCCAACACCUAGUAGGAAUCCAGUGCUUCAUCCUACAGAAAUUCACAGUCGGUUAUCAAGCAAGACUUUGCCGGAGAUUGUAGCUUCUGUAACAGAGGACAUAGAAACCCUCCUUUUCAGCUCCUGGAUUUCAGUGCCUCAGCCAUUAGGCGACAGUAUGACUCAACACCCAUCUGUCCCCUUGAGGGAGGUCUCAAAGCCUCUAAUGAGUGUCCUGGCCAUAAGCACAGACAGAUACCCUGACGGGACCACUGCCUGGAGUCAACCUCCAGAAGCUAUCUCACUAAGAACACACCCUACUGUAAAUAUGUCACCCACAGACCCUGUUUUCAGUAGCACACCCUCAACUUUGUUUUCAAGCCCUCUUGUGUUUAUAUCUUUUGCUACACAAUCAGCUGGUAUUUCAGACAACCCUUUCCUUUCCAGUGAGGCUGGGGAAGUAUCACAAUCACCUCCCAGCCCCACACUCCCAAGUUUUGCUGACCAUACUCAUGUUCUGAACCCUGUGGCCUCCUUGAGAGUACAUACUUGGUGUGUGUCCUGUGUUAUGAUAUCACCUCAUCAAACUCUGGCCAGGAGCCUCACAGAGAAAGAUGUGGGGUCAGGGGAUGGGCCUGAGACCCUGUCUGUGGCCUCAGUAGAAGUGAGCAGUCUUUCUCCACAGAGCAGUAUGGGGACAGACCUCGCUGAACUUGAAGAUCUUCAAGAAUUUAAUACCCUUUUCCCUUCUAGACCAGUCAUCUCCCUUUCUUCAAGAUCUGUGGGAAUGUGGAAAGCCAGCUUGCACGUGUCAGCUGAGGUGGAUGAGGGCAGCCUUUUCACCACCCAGGAGUACUCUUCCCAUGGCCACCUCUCCACACCAAGCUCACUCGACCCCACCUUUGGCUUCUCUGUCACCAAUGAUCUUGUGAUGCCAUCCAGUGUGACCCCUCUGUUUUCUGUCAUCACCAGUACCCAUUUUGACUCAUCUUUUUUUGUCACAGCAAAUCAAAGCACUCCAUCCCUUUCUGCUGGAAACCCAAGUCUCACCUCUUACAGUUCAGUCCCCUCACUAGAGUCUAAAGUUUUGUCUGGCCAAGAACCCAUCAGCUCUUUGGAACACGAGUCUGGGGAUCUUUUAGAGUUCACAUCCAACUUUUACUCAACUCCACCACUGGAGCUCAGCAGCCCGACCCCUUCACCUUCAACGGUUCCUGCCCCUCCUUCUCUGAUGACAAGUGAUCCAUCAACCUUCCUUUCUCAGUCUUUUUCCACCCUGACUGAGACACUCUCAUUGUCCAACUCUGUCGGUUUGCCUCAGCUGUCUGUUCCUAAUUCCAUAAACCUUGAGUUGUCUCAGCCGUGGCCAAGUUCAGAUCUUCCUUUGGAAACAAUCACUUUUCUCCAGAGUCACUCUGAAAUCUCCCCACUCUCAAGCUUCCCUUCUGAGUCGCUCAAGUUCACUGAAGCAUCGACAGUCUCACCGACAGAAUCUGAUGUUCGUUUUACCUCGGUUUUCUCUGAAACUACCUCCACCAUUGAAUUUUCACCCAUUCACCAUGAGUCCGCAGUCACCACACUGGUGCCCUCCAGGUCCGAGCCCACCCUUGACAUUUGGAUUGCUGGGACUCACUUCACGUCACUGUCAGCUUCUUUGCAUUCAACACCCGUGUUAACUGAGUCUUCUCCAGCCCUGACUCCAACACCUGGUGGCACUGCCCUUGCCACAGACCCCCCCACAUCUAUCCUACUCGCUUUCUCCAAUCCCAUUUCUACAGAGUUGAUGUCUGACUUGUACCUGUCACCCUCUUCCUCACUUGUUUCUGAGGUGAGCCCUUCACCUCUGCCCACAGAGCCAGCUGUGGGCUCAUCAUGGACACCCACAGAUUUACCACCGAGCUCCUCCCCUGAACCCAGCACAUCCCCUGAACCCAUCACAUCCCCUGAACCCAGCAUGCCCACCACCAGCACUGCUGCUAGAGACACUGUGGACUCUGCUGUGAAUGUUGAACCUCCGAGUCAGGACCCUCAGGGGGACAGUGCACCCCCUCCCCAGCCAUCCUUUGGUCCUGUGACCACAUCCACUCUUGAAGGCACAGUUGGUACUCCAGUACUGGCCACAGCCAAGCCGCCAUAUGUGUGUGAUAUUACAGUUCCUGAUGCCUAUUUAAUCACAACUGUGCUGGCCAGAAGAGCUGUGCAAGAGUACAUCAUUACGUCAAUCAAAGAAGUUUUGAGGAUUCACUUCAACCGUGUGGUGGAGCUGAAGGUUUAUGAAAUGUUCACUGACUUCACGUUUCUGGUCACAUCUGGCCCUUUUGUUUACACGGCAAUAUCUGUCAUUAAUGUCCUACUUAAUAGCAAACUUGUGCGCGACCAAACUCCUUUAAUCUUGUCUGUGAAACCAUCUUUCCUCGUGCCAGAGCCCAGGUUUCAAGUUCAAACAGUACUUCAGUUUGUACCUCCAAGCGUGGACACUGGCUUCUGCAACUUCACUCAGAGCAUUGAGAAAGGCCUGAUGACAGCGCUCUUUGAAGUGAGAAAACACCAGGGGACAUAUAACCUCACUGUGCAGAUUGUGAAUGUCACCAUUGGAUCUUCGAGAGUGGCUCCUCGGAGGGGCCCUGUGAACAUCAUCUUUGCUGUCAAAGGCAUGCAAGGAUUUCUGAAUGGGUCAGAGGUGAGCGAACUGCUCCGGAACCUGACUGUGGUGGAGUUCAGCUUCUACCUCGGGUAUCCGGUGCUACAAAUUGCAGAACCCUUCCAGUACCCUCAGCUCAACGUAUCUCAAUUACUGAAGUCCUCUUGGGUUAGAACAGUCCUUCUGGGAGUCCUGGAAAAGCAGCUCCAGAGUGAAGUUUUUCCUGCUGAGAUGGAACGCAAACUGGCCCAGCUGCUCAGUGAGGUGCCCACCAGGAGACGCAUGUGGAGGCGAGCCACUGUGGCUGCUGGGAACAGCGUGGUGCAGGUGGUGAACGUGUCCAGGCUGGAGGGAGAUGACAACCCUGUGCAGCUCAUCUACUUUGUGGAAAAUCAAGAUGGAGAGAGACUCAGUGCAGUCAAGUCUUCAGAUCUGAUCAACAGGAUAGACCUUCAGAGAGCAGCCAUCAUCUUGGGUUACCGAAUUCAAGGCACCAUUGCCCAGCCUGUGGACAGGGUGAAGAGGCCGUCCCCGGAGUCCCAGAGCAGCAACCUGUGGGUCGUUGUUGGUGUGCUCAUCCCAGUGCUGGUGGUGACAGUGAUUGUUGUCAUCCUCUACUGGAAGCUCUGCCGCACGGACAAGCUGGACUUUCAGCCUGACACGGUGGCCAACAUACAGCAGCGGCAGAAGCUGCAGAUCCCCAGUGUGAAGGGCUUCGAUUUUGCUAAGCAGCACCUUGGCCAGCACAAUAAGGACGACAUACUGAUUAUUCAUGAGCCAGCACCACUGCCAGGACCUGUGAAGGACCACACCACCCCAUCUGAAAAUGGAGAUGUGCCAAGUCCCAAGUCAAAGAUUCCUUCCAAGAAUGUCCGCCACAGAGGAAGAGUCUCCCCAUCAGAUGCCGACUCUACAGUCAGCGAGGAGUCCAGCGAGAGGGAUGUGGGCGAUAAGCCACCAGGCACAGCCCAGGAGGGCAAGGCCCACAGAGCCCCGCAGAGCGGAGCCCCCCUGCCCAGUCCAGGGAAUGAACAGCAUUCCUCUGCCUCCAUCUUCGAGCAUGUGGACAGGAUUUCCCGAACCUCAGAGGCUAGCCGGCGGGUCCCCAGUAAGAUCCAGCUGAUUGCCAUGCAGCCCAUCCCCGCUCCCCCUGUGCAGCACCCUGUCUUGGCCGACCGAGUGGCAGAGACCAACAAAAUCAACAAAGAGAUCCAGACCGCUCUGCGGCACAAGUCAGAGAUUGAGCAUCACCGCAACAAGAUCCGCCUACGUGCCAAACGCCGAGGCCACUACGAGUUCCCAGUGGUGGAUGACUUGUCCUCUGGUGACACCAAAGAGCGACAUCGUGUAUACAGGAGGGCACAGAUGCAAAUCGACAAGAUCCUGGACCCUGCAGCCAGUGUGCCCUCUGUGUUCAUAGAGCCGAGGAAGAGCUCACGGAUAAAACGUUCUCCUAAGCCACGCCGGAAACACCAGGUCAAUGGCUGCCCGGCUGAUGCUGAGAAGGACAGACUCAUCACCACAGACAGUGACGGCACAUACAAGCGGCCCCCGGGUGUGCACAACUCUGCCUACAUCGGAUGCCCAUCUGAUCCUGACCUUCCAGCAGAUGUACAGACGCCAUCCUCUGCUGAGCUGGGCAGGUAUCCAGGCCUGCCCUUCCCAGCCUCUCAGUACAUCCCACCCCAGCCAUCCAUCGAGGAGGCACGCCAGACCAUGCACUCCCUCUUGGACGAUGCCUUCGCUCUUGUAGCCCCCAGCAGCCAGCCUACCAAUGCCAUGGGAGCAGGCCCUGGGAUCCCAGUGCCUGAGAACAGUACUCCUUCCCGGGAAGAAAGGCGAGCCACGCAGUGGGGAUCUUUCUACAGCCCAGCCCAGACCAACAACCCCUGCAGUAGAUAUGAAGGCUAUGGAAUGACUCCCCCAUCAGGCCCAUCGCCACGACCAAGUUUUGCCCCUGGGUUGCUACAGUCUUCGGAGAUGGUACCACCUGAGCCUCCACAGCCACAGGCAUCAGCUGAAGCUCCAUUUGCUGCCCGAGGGAUCUACUCUGAGGAGAUGCCAUCUGUAGCCCGGCCUCGCCCUGUAGGGAGCACCACAGGCUCUCAGAUCCAGCACCUGACGCAGGUGGGAAUUGCUAGCAGAAUUGGAGCUCAGCCAGUGGAACUUCCUCCUGGCAGAUGCGGCCAGUAUGGGGGGCCAGGCUGGCCUGUGUAUGGGGAGGACGAAGCAGGGCGAAGAGAAGCCACCCACAUGCUUGGACAUCAAGAAUAUUCUUCACCGCUGUUUCAGGUGCCAAGGACUUCGGGCAGGGAGCCCUCAGCUCCUCCUGGGAACCUGGCCCACAGGGGGCCGCAGGGCCCCGGGCUGGGUUACCCCACCAGCUCCACCGAGGACCUCCAGCCCAGCCAUUCCUCUGCCUCCCUCAUCAAAGCGAUCCGUGAGGAGCUCCUGAGGCUCUCCCAGAAACAGAGCUCAGUACAGAACUUCCACAGCUGAUUGGCCUCCUUUGCAGGUUUGCCAAGUAUCCGCUUCCCGUGGAAGCAAGACCAAAAGGAAAUCAACUGAGUGGGUGUUUGUGAGAGUCGGAUCAAGCGUCUCUGGGCAAGCUGUCCAAGGAAGGGAACAAAUUGCAAUUUAGAAGAUGCCAUAAGUCACAUGACAACUCAUGAUCCUUUUACAGGUUGACAAUUUGGUGACUACAUGGAUUCAGUGUGUACUUUGGGCCAAAAGCCAGCAGUACUUCACAAAACAAAACACAAACCUAAGCUAACAAAAAUGCUAAGUUAGUCUCCUUUUUUAAAGGCAAAAAUUAAAACCUAUAGAUGGUUAGGGAUGAAGGGAGCUCGCGUUUCCAUGGGAGUUGGACUGAUGUGUGAGACGCACUUGCUGCUCUGUUUUCUGAGGAGAGAUUUGAAGACACUUCAGCAACAGCUUGAUUCCUUCUUUUCCUCCAUAGGAACUUAUUUUAAUAGUCAUAUUAACAACAAGGCAUACCAAGACUGUUUGGGAAUUAAAAAAAAAAAAAAAGCUACUAGUGAGAAACCAAAUAG